CAGCGUGGCUGGGGUUUGCUUAGUUAAAGCCAUCAAUUGACUUCAGUGAUCAUGAUGGAAAUGCUGGUGUAAGGCCUUCAGGAGAUGAUGGAGAAAAAAUGGACAUACUGUGCUGUCUAUUCCAUCAUCCAGAUACAUUUUGUUAGGGGAGUAUGGGAAGAAGCAUUCAAUGCAGGAGAGGACAUUUAUGCUUUACCUGGCUCUGAUGUCACCCUGACCUGCCAAACACAGAAGAAAGGCUCCUUGGUGCAAAUGCAAUGGUCCAAGGUCACCCACAAGGUGGACCUCAUUGCCCUUUAUCAUCCCCAGCAUGGCUUCCAUUGUGCCAAUGGGGUUCCCUGUACGUCACUGGUGGCUUUCACAGAAACUCCUGGGAAUGUGUCAAGAUGGACUCUGCACUUAAGAAACAUGUCGCCCUCACUCAGUGGGAAGUAUGAGUGCAGCUUUACUUUGUUUCCAGAGGGCAUUCAGACUAAAAUUUACAACCUUCUCAUUCAGACAAAUGUUAUACAGGAUGAAUGGAGAAGCAACAAUACAAUAGAAAGAGAGAUAAAUCGGACUCUGGAAAUACCAUGCUUUCAAAAUAUCUCCUCAGAAAUUUCAUCUGAGUUCACCUUUUCAUGGUUGGUGGAAGAUAAUGGAACUCAGGAAACACUUAUCACCCAAGAUCAUUCCAUCAGCAAUUCCACAUUAUUUAAAGACCGAGUCAGUCUAGGUACAGACUACGGGCUCUACCUCUCUCCAGUCCAAAUCCAUGAUGAUAAUCGGAAGUUCUCUUGCCAUGUUAUAGUCCGUCCUGGCAAAAUUUUGAGGAGUUCCACCACGGUCAAGGUUUUUGCUGAGCCAGAAAUCCCCAUGAUUGUGGAAAAUAACUCCACAGAUGUCUUGGGAGAGAAAAUAUUUACCUGCUCACUGAGGAAUGUAUUUCCCACAGCAAAUCUCACAUGGUUUAUAGACGGAAGCUUUCCUCAAGGUGAAAGCGAAGAAAUGGGCAUUACUAAUGAAAGGAGAAAAGACAAAAAUGGAUUUUUCGAACUGAAGUCUGUUUUGAAAAGGAUGUAUGGCAAUAAACCAGCCCAGUCAAACAAUGUGACCAUCUGGUGUAUGGCUCUGUUUCCAGGCCCUGGAAAUAAAGUGUGGAAUAUCUCAUCCAAAAAGAUCACUUUUUCCCUGGGCUCAGUGAACCCUCCAACAGAUCCUGCACUAAGUGUUACAGAAUCUACCUUUGACGCCCAAUCUUCUCCAGCCAACAGCAUAUCCCCCACAAGAUAUGCAGCUACAUCUUCAGUAACCCUUAUAGGUACAAGUACAUCGACUCCAAACACCGCCCCUCAAACCAGCAAUUUUAAUGUGACUACCCGAGGCUUCAACUACUCCUGGACCUCCAGUGGGAAAGACACCAAAAACUCUUCAUCGAUGCCCAGUGAAACGUCCAGUUCAUCCCCCUCAAGUGCAGGAUCGACACUUUAUGAUGAUGUCUUCACCAACACAACCAAAGCAUUUUCAGAAGUUCCUACAACUGCCAAUGGAUCUACUAAAAAUAAUUACAUCCAUAUCACUGGUAUUGUUACUAAGACCAAAGAUGGAAUGUCCUGGCCAGUUAUUGUAGCAGCUUUGCUCUUUUUCUGCCUGGCAUCGUUUGGUCUUGGAGUGAGAAAAUGGUGUCAAUACCAAAAAGAAAUCAUGGAAAGACCCCCACCUUUCAAGCCACCUCCACCUCCCAUCAAGUACACUUGCAUUCAAGAGUCCAUUGGAAGUGAUCUGCCUUUUCAUGAGAUGGAGACACUCUAGUCCUUUUUGAGAUUUGCCAUGGAAUGAAAUUCUGCUAGAAUCCUAUUGAAAAGAUAGAUAUUGUGCAUUGUUAAAUAUUCACCUUCUAGCCAAGACUCUACUGCUGCUGAAAUGAACAUCAGAAGAGAAUGACCUGUUUUCCCAGCAACUCACCCCCUUUCAUCUGCAUAUGCCUUUAAACAAGAAUGAGAGGUGUUGUGCUGACACCCCAUGCAAUCCGAGGAAUGUUCUUGCUUAUGUAAGAAGUGCAAAUUAGGCUGCUGUCAUUAAAAAAUACUUGCAGUGUU